AUGGGAUCCUGCUUUUCGCAAGAAAAAACAAUCCAGAAAUAUUCUAAAAUCAGAGGAUGGUUUGAUUUACCAUAUGAUGUUAGAAUAUUGAUUAUUGAUUAUUUGGAUUUGAGAACAAGAACGAAGUUAGCACGAUGUUCUUUAGCUUGUCUCAAAGAAAUACUUAUGAGUUGGAAUUUCGUGGAUGAAAUUCAUAUACAGGAUUAUAUUAAGAAAGACUUACGACAUAUUGGAAUUGUGUUGAUAUCGAAAAACGAAGAGUGGACCUUGAGAAUUGUGGAAUUGCCAUCGCCUGGAAAUAUUAUAGUUCGAUGGGAAAUACCUCAUCCAAAUGGAAAGACUGAAAUAAUAUCGACGAGAGGAUUUAGAAAUUUGAAGCCGUUGCGGUUUCUUUUGGUGAAUUUCAGAAUGUUUGUGAAGAGGAAUAGCAAAAGUUUGAAGAGUAUUCGAAUUCAUAUUGUGAGUUUUUCCGUGACACUUUAAUAAUUCAAACUUUUUUUGCAGAAUGAUUUUCCGUAUCAUAAAUGCAAUAUCAAAAGUUUGCAAAAUCCAGGAUUACAAGAUCUUAUACUUCCACAAAAUACAGUUCAUAAAGUCGAUCCGAUUGCAUGUGGAUUCAUAGAUCUCGACACAAUAUUCCGUUUCCAACAUAUUAUUGAAGUUCCGAAUUUAAAACUCGAUUAUUUUCCAAAAAUCAAAAUGAAAUUCGCGGUAUUAAACGCGCCAAUAUUCAAUUUAGAAGAACUCGAAGAUUUUUUGAGACAUUGUUUGAUUGAAGAAGAUAUUGAUGAGGAUUUUAAAGCUAUUGAAAUAAUGUUGAAAGAUGCUACGAUGCCUGAUAUAAAUAAAAAAAAAUUGAUUGAAGUUAUUAGAAAAUAUGCUGAUAAUGAAUGUGAAAAGUUGCCAGGAUAUCCAGAAGAACGUCGUGUAUUUUAUCGAAUAUCGAAAUUUUCGAAGAGAAAAGCACGUGCUAUAUCUUUGGAAGAUGAUUGUUUACAAUAUCAUACCCUUGAGAAAUAA